AUGACCACGACGUGGAAGCAGCAUGGGGCACACUUUGUAAUACAGUGUACAAUACAGCCUUCGAGUGUCUUGGGCCCUCCAUCAAAAAACACAAAGGCUGCUUUGAUGAGAACUGAGCCGAGAUCACACAGCUUCUUGACUUACAAAGCUCAUGUAGAUGAUCCCACCUCCACAGCCAGCCAAAAAGACGCUCUGAGGAACGCUCGCAGCACAGUACAACAAAAGCCUCGGGAUAUGCAAGUCCCCUGGCUGAAUGCCAAAGUUGACGAGAUCCAAUGCUUCGCCGAAUCUCAUGGCAGGAAGAAUUUUUACUGUGAAGUGGGGGAAGUCUACGGGCCACCUCCAUCAGGCUCAUCCCCUCUCUUCAGUGACCCUUAUCAAAGAGAAGGAAAAGAUACUCGACAGGUGGGCGGAACAUUUCAAUGGCGUUCUGAACCGCCCUUCUACCAUCAACGACGAAGCCAUCAACCGACUGCCCAGUCACUGGACGCCGUUUGCACGUUAGAUGAGAUCCAGAGAGCAUUUAGUCUGCUGUCAACUGGAAUACCACCUGGUGGAUACUCCAUCCCAGCUGAGAUUUACAAAGAAGGGGGCGUAGCUCUAGUUGAAAAACUCCAUCAUCUGCUUGUGCGAGGAUCGGCCUGUCCAGUCACCCCCUGCAUCCACCAUCCAGACUGUGGGGUUCAUCAGAAGCUUGACGUAGUAAUAUUGUAUGAUGUAUCUGGUAGCUCUGGUUCAUCUGGAUUUUCCUACCAGCGACAGUUCAUCGUUUCAUUAGCUGACGCUCUACACCUGAGUUCUACAGACACUAACAUGGCCGGACUGGGUGUUGACGACUCAGCCUACUAUGGAUGGGGACUUCGAGAUUAUUUCACAUCUUCUGCAAUAAAUUCAAAGCUGCUGAAUAUAUCGUUGAAUUUAGGAAAUGGAGGUUCAGAUUGGGCAUCUGGAUUUGAAAUGGCAUGGACUCAUAUCUUAUCCAAUAGCACCAGGCAGGGGUCCCAAGCUUGGCUUAUAGUUCUAACUGAUACAUCAUAUACGACCUCCACAAAUGAAUUAAACGAAGCUAAAGCUGCUGGUGUAAAGGUUGGCUUUGUAGGAACGGCUUCGGCGUCAAGCUAUUCAACGUAUGCUUCUGACACAAAAUAUAUUGUCAGUGGAAUGAGCUGGGCAACUCUUUCUUCAUAUAUUACGAGUGUUGUGGAAUUUUUCUGCUCUGCGUAUUGUGAAAAUUUUGAGUUUUACUAUGAUCUUCCCAACAGUAUGAGUGUCCAAGCUGAUACACACUCAAAUGUGGGCUACUAUUUGAGCAGAACAGACGUCACGUAUGACGUACAUUGUUGUGGAGCUGUUUCCUCUGUCGAGUUCAAGGCCACGACUUCCGGAACAUUUAAGUUUCAAAUAUGGCGAAACUAUGUCUUAGUGUCCGAGACAUCAGUAUCAGCCUCAGCUGGAUAUCAAAAACAUAAUUUCUCCCCGAAACUUGCAGUACAAGCCAAGGACGUUAUUGGGUGGUACUCACCUGGAGUUAACCCUAUUGGCAUUGCCUCCACCUGUUCCGGAGACUUAUGUACCAGUGGGACAAAACGAGCGACCAACAUGGGAACAGUAGCAGUGGGGGCGUCUUAUUCAUGGUCUAACGCCACUGAACUGCCAGACACGGCAUUUGCUAUCAAAUUAACAAUAGACAACAGCACAGUUCCUACUUAUACCCCGACUUCUCCAGUGUACGUAUCUGAGCUUCUCGCUGUGGGAUCCAUUAUUACUGUCUUCAGGGUUACAGAUGACACCGGUGAUGUAAUAACCUAUAGCAAUCCAUCCAGUCCGUACUUUUCCUUUGAUCAGCUUUCAGGGGAAAUAACUUUGAUUUCACCAUUACCCACUCCACAUGUAGAGACACCUUACAUUCUUACAAUCGAUGUUAUGGACUCCUGUUUCAACACAGCCACUGCCACCGUUAACAUCACCUCAUUUUUUGUUCCUCCAGCCUUUCAUAACUUGCCGACGGAAGUGGAGAUAGGCGAUGAUGUUAAAGCAGAGACCCUUCUGAUUAUUAUCAAUAUGACGGAUGGAUACGCAUCUAGCAUUAUUUGUACCAAGACUUCCAUGUUUCCUGAAACCCAGUUCUUCAGACUCGAUGAUUAUAUGAAUGGCACUGCUGCGGUUUACCUCAAUGCAGAUUCUAAGUUGGACUUUAACACAGUUGAGGAAUAUAACAUGACCAUUACAUGUAAUGGGAGUACAUCUCUUGAAUCUGGACUGACCAUCAGAAUACUGGAUAAAUCCACAAAAGUUGCAGAUAACCCAGACCUGCCUGAAGCUGUGAUUGUGGUCAUAUGUAUAGCAUCCAUUUUUGCUCUUGUUGGUUUUGGUCUAGGUACUUAUUGUCUCCAUUCAAAGCUGCAGAAAUCAAACCAGAAAAGAAUAAAUGCCUUAGACAAUUGA